CAGUCAUAGGCUCCCGGGAGGCACGUGACCAGGCGAACUACGGGGCCUUGCAGAGACCAGUUACCGCCGCUUCGCCGUUGCGCGGAGGCCGCCGGCCCGCCCGCUGCCAUGCCCCGAUACGCGCAGCUGGUGAUGGGCCCGGCGGGCAGCGGGAAGAGCACGUACUGCUCCACCAUGGUGCAGCACUGCGAGGCGCUGGGCCGCGCCGUGCAGGUGGUGAACCUGGACCCGGCCGCGGAGCUCUUCAGCUACCCCGUCAUGGCAGACAUCCGUGAGUUAAUAGAAGUGGAUGACGUCAUGGAAGAUGAAUCCUUAAGGUUUGGUCCCAAUGGCGGCUUGGUGUUUUGCAUGGAAUACUUUGCCAAUAACUUUAACUGGCUAGAGGAAAGCCUCGGGCAUGUGGAGGAUGACUAUAUAUUGUUUGACUGCCCAGGUCAGAUUGAACUCUAUACACAUCUGCCAGUGAUGAAACAGCUGGUGGAGCAGCUUCAGCAGUGGGAAUUCCGCGUCUGUGGAGUUUUUCUCGUGGAUUCUCAGUUUAUGGUGGAGUCUUUUAAGUUUAUCUCUGGAAUUCUGGCAGCACUCAGUGCAAUGAUAUCUUUAGAGAUUCCACAGAUUAACAUCAUGACCAAAAUGGAUUUGCUGAGCAAGAAAGCCAAGAAGGAAAUAGAAAAAUACUUAGAUCCAGAUAUGUAUUCCAUGAUUGAAGAUUCUACAAAUGUAUUGAAAAGCAAAAUGUUUAAAAAAUUGACUAAAUCUAUAUGUGGAUUGAUUGAUGACUACGGUAUGGUUCGAUUUCUACCUUUUGAUCGCUCUGAUGAGGAAAGUAUAAACAUAGUUCUGCAGCACAUAGACUUUACCAUUCAGUAUGGAGAAGAUCUUGAAUUUAAAGAACCAAAGGAAUGUGAAGAAGACAAAUCUGCUCUUGUGGAUGAAUACUUUCAAGAUCACGUGGAUGAGUGAAAAAUAGAUGGUCAAAAGGGGAGGAAAGUACCUUGCUUGUGUUAAAAAAAAAAUGAAAAAAAAAAUCCACCCCUACACAAACAUACUUGGUAUUUUAUCUGUAAAAUAACUAAUAUUUAUAGUGAAGAGCGAGCUGUAUGAUCUCAUAGUUAUUUUAAUAAACAGUUUUUAUUCUUAUCUCUGUGUGUGUGUGUUAUAAAAUACAUAGUUUAGCAUUAGGACAUAGAAAAGUUCCCCACAUAUGGAUGUAUCUCACUUAAGCACAGGAAUGCUUGAAUAAAUUUAAUGAUUUGCAAAAGAGGCAAAGCCGAAUAUAAGUAUGUUGUAGUGAAUAUUUAUCUCCAGUAGUGAGCAGUUAGUUUCUUUAUUAGAUGAGAGAAAGAAUUGUUUUAAAGGGUGAAAAUUGCACUUCAUGGACUAAACCUGAAUUAGACGAUGAGAUGACUGGCAACUUCAAAGGGACAUCUGGUCAGUGGGUGGUCUCUCACCCUUCUUGAAGAACCUGAGUGUUUUACAUUCACUUUGAAAGAGCCCAGAUUUUAAACCUUCUUAAAGACUCUUUUUUGUACAACCUGCACAUGGCUUUAAGUGGUUUGUACAUCGGUAACAUCUUAAGCACAGCACAACACUUAAAGAAAAUCAGCUUAAAUAGAACUAGGUGAUGGUCUUGUGCAAUCACUGCUGAAUCUACUCUCACUGUUUAUAGUUCCUUUAUAGAUACAGGCUGUUCCUGGGCUGUCUUCAGUGUUUCAAAACGUGUUUUAUUGCUUCUCCUAAAAACUAUUAGUCUAAUUUGUUAGCUAUAUUCAGCUGAAUUUCAGGAUAUGGGGUUUUGCUGCUUAAUGCCCAAGAACAUAUCAACCUUCCCUUUUCCUUAACCCUAUGGAACAAGAUUUACUCAUGGAGUCCUUGAAUUAAAAUAUUUUCCAAAAGGGGCCUCAUAAUUAUGAAAUGCUUAACAUCAGUGAAUGCUUAUAUGUAGGCAUAUCAUCUGUCUAUAUAUAGUUCAUGUAUUGGAAAUGAACCCCAUCCUCACAAAAUAUGAGCAGCCAAGUAUUUCAGUAGAAUAAGAACAAUUAAUGUCAUUUUGUAGGAGCAGCUUGGUUAAUUAGCAGAUGUCCAAGUACAAGGAUAGCCCUUAACUAGGGCAAUUAGGCAAUUGCACUUACCUAAACCUGGGGUGUGAUAGCAGCUUGGCACAGAGUUUAGUUUUAUAGUUUCUUUCUUCUAGUCCAGAAGGUGUAAUUUCUUGUUCAUCACUAGGGUUGUUCUUCAUGUUUGUAUAAAUAAGUGGUCAUAUUGUUGA